AGUGGGCUGUGAUUCUGAGGGGGUGGGGUUGCACACAGGCUUUUAUUCUGACUUCAGUCUCUAACUGGAUUGGAAGGAGCUGCACGCCACCUUGUUGCGCACUUGGCGGCUCAAGCGGGCAGCUCAGCUUCACGGAGAGACUGAACCGAGAACAAGCCUCAGUCUCUGGAUUCUGGAUGGAUUCUUACCGAGCAGCUUCAUGAGAGAAGCUCCCAGCAGCCGCACCGUGAGCGCACAGACUACCCAACCAGGAGCUCAGAGAGGAGCCGCGGCGCUCGCGCACCUGAACGCGUUUACCUGGUUUGGGGAGGACAUCUGGGCGUAGAAAGAUUUUUGUCGUCAACAGGAAGUGGCCGAAGCUGUGAGCUGUUUGCGGCUCAGCAGUGCCAUGAAAACCUGAAGCCGCUGACCGGCGUGUGUCCAGCUGCAACCUGAAGACGUGUGUGUGUGUUGGUUCAUACACACAAUGCUGUGUUUGAAGCGCAGUGGAAAGCCAAGCAGCAUGGUCGCAUCAUCCCUGUGUUUCCUGUGGGCCCUUUUAGGCUUGUAUGCGAUGGCUCCUGUACUGAUGGCGUCGACGCCGGCCGCCAUGUGCACGCCCCUGAAGACACUCAACGACAGCUUGAGCCACAGGCGACGUUACAUGAAGCACAACUUCCCCAUAAACUACUCCAUUCGAGUUUAUCGUGAGGAGAUCUUCAAACUGUCAACUAUCAGCAGAAUGAGGUUAAAGGUGGAGGGUUUGGAUGAGCUGGUCCUACAGAGGCUGUGGUUUCAGGUCAACCAGGGUGUUCUAAAAAAGAUCAUCCGGGUUUUGCCUGAGAGACAUCCUUCCCGCUCGUACUCAGCAGAGCUGGAGAGACGCUUCAGAGAUGCCGAGGGCGUCUUUGUUCAGUCGCAUCCUGCUGAGAUGUUCCAGCAAGAGCUUCCAGAGAAGAUCCAGGACAUUUGGGACCAGUUAACAGAAGAGCCCGACAGAGUGUUGGAGUCCAGCUGGAGAUUUGCUUCUCCCAAGUCCCUGGUGGACAGCUUGUGCCGCACCAUGUUCUGCCUCUUCAGCGACUGCUUUGUCCACCCAGGCGCUCAGCAGGACUACUGCGGAGUUUCCCAUUUGGGGAGAGGCAAUAAAACGUCCAUCCAAAAGGCCGAGAAGAGGCCAGCAGAGUGACGUUUCCUUGUUGGUCCCUCCCAGAGAUUAGGAAUAACAUCUCUGUUCCGACUAGAGAGGUCAUCAUGAAAGAUCAUCAAGUUGUUCUCAAACGGAGCCAAAACUGUCGUGUUGACUCAAAACCUUGGCACGGCUCGACCGGCCAAAGAUGAAGACACAAAAAUGAUGCUCGUUUGUACUUUGUGAGCAUCUGGACUUUCUGUCUAACCGACAUGCUGAAGACUUGAGAAGACGCUCCGAUACUUGGGAAUUUCCACUUCUGACAGUCAGGACAACAGAUGCGUGUCCAUCUUCAUGACAUCUGAAACUGAUGGCGUGUUUCUGGUAACUUGUCUCUAAAAAAUGCGUAAAUAUUUGUUUAUUAGCAGAACAGAAGACAGAUUCUUAAAAAGGAGCUUCAGCUGAACGUUGAACAAGAGACUUUGUCAAGUCGCUAAACAUCUCAUUAUUUAUAGAAACUUUUACACGCGUGCUCAAACGAUUAGACGCUGUCUUAAAGUUUAUUUAUAUCUUUUGUUUGUGUUUUCGUCCAAGCUUUCCAUUCGCCCAAAAACGUUUUUAUCAGACUUUUCAAGUUUGAUUUAAGAGUUCCUGAGUUUUUAUGGCACUGAUCAAAUCAUUAUAAGAAAAACACAUUUAUACAUUUAUUAUGAGUUCUUAUUAACAUGCAUCUUAUAAAACAUGGUGGUAAUAGUAAUAUGUGGUACUUCAUAUCUGUAUUUCCUGUCUUAAAUUGUGUCUUAAUUACACUUUUGUUCAUUUUAUUUUUGCAAAUCAAAUCCAAGAAGACGGCCAUGGAGAGAAAACAGCCAUGUGCACACGCCAUAAGGAACUGCUGAGGAACUGUGGUAUGUCCACAACAGCAGCAUACAUAAUUUAUAAAUAACCUCAGAAAUAUUUAUUUUAAUAAAUUAAAAGCUUUUAUGACAGCAGGAUUUUUAUAUAAUACCUAAAGUAUCCAGAGUUCACGUUUUAAAGAGACUGGAGACUCCAGUUUAUGUCAAGCGGCAGCAGAUAUGCACUUCUGAGUGGUGAAAAAAUUAAUGACCAUUUAAAAUGAGAGACCAACUGAUUAGGCUCAAUUUUCUACUUGAUCGAUGAGUCACACACGAACAUCCUGAUAUAAAAGUAAAGAAUGACUGCUACAGAAGCCUGGAUGUCCAUGUAGAAAAGAAGAAAGCAUAAAAAUGAGCUUAAAGAGCUGAUUCUGUAAAACACAGCUGCUCGGGGAAAAUGUAGGAUGGUGCAAUAGAAAAAACACGGGAAAACACCAUUUUCUCAUGUGUGCCAUACUGUCGGUGUGUUUUGCCUUUGUUCUGCCACCUUUGCACUGACCUUUUAAAACUCCACAAAAUCCUUUUUGUUACAUUUGUGAUGAUUUGUUACUAAAAUUUCAACAGAAAUAUAAGUUUGGGGAAUUUAACAGAUCUAAUGGAAUUCCAUCAGCAUUCCAACGGAUCUUCUAUUAACAUUCCAAACUUUGUCACAAAAGCAACAAACCAACUGGCCCCACUUCUCUCUAAAGUUAGGAUUAUUGCUUUUGCUUUAGAAUAAAUCUGACGCUUUUGGGUGUUCCUGUAUUUUCUGGUGAGGAUUGUCAGUCACCCAGAACAUUCUAAGAAAUCAACGCUGGCUUGAUUUGAGUUUUUCAAAGAUUAUUUAUUUGUCAUUUCAACACGUCAAACAUGAGGUGGAAUGAAAUGUGUCCUCCUGGUCCCGGUUACAACCCAAGAAAAUAGUGGAUAUUUAAAAAAUAGAGAAUGGUGAAAAACAAAAUGUGUUUAUAAAGCUCUCCAAGCAUGCCGUCCUCAGCUGCCUCAAAACAUAGAAAAGUUAAAAAAUGAUGUUUAAAACCGCUGCUAUGGUCCUUUUUUUAGGUUAUUAUAAUAAAUCAUUUCACUGAUUGAAUUGGAGUGAAUUUACUUCAUAACCCACUGAACAGCUUCCUGAGAAGAGAUUUGCUGUCAAAUUUGGACCAAAUAAAUGUUUUCAUUUAAGGUUUAUUUUACAAUUUUAUUACAGAGGAUGUUUUCUAAUGAAGGAUAUGAAACUGAACCUUUUCAGGGUUAAACCGUUGGAGUUUAUUAUGAUGUGUUAACUAGAAGCAUUUUUAUUUUUAUUUUUCCAGCCACAGAGAAAGUAUUCAGUCAGGAGCUGAACCAACAAACACUCUUUUUAAAGGAUGAUGUGUCUGCAUGUGGAGACUUCACCUUGAUUCAUAAGGUUCAGUUCCUGUAAAUAAUGUCAAACUGGUCCGGUCCAUUUAUUCUGCAGGACUCAUUUAUGUCAUGUUACUGUUUGGCUUUCCUUUGCUUGUUUCCUUUACAGUGACUGAUCGAGAGUUGGUUUCUGAAUCACCCUCAAGUAACCCAGCAGGGUACAACCUUGGUCCUCCAAGGCUCCUAUCCUGCAUGGGUUAGGUGUUUGUCUGCUCUGACACACCUGAAUCAAUGGUUGGUUCGCCUGUUCAGCAGCUGUGCAGAAGCCUGAGUCACCCACAGAUCAGCUUUAAUGGAGCAGAGAAACAACUAAAACAUGCUGGACAGUGGCUCUGGAGGGCCAGAGUUUUAUACCACUGAAAAUUUUGUUUCCACAAAUUCCAAAGUAACAAAGAAAAAUUGGUCAGGUUUUGAAGCUGUCCAAAUUAAAACUUCUGUGUUUUUUGAUUUCCUCAAGAGAAAACACAAGUGGAAUUAAAAAUUCAAUACAAAGUAAAAUCAGAAGUAUAGUUUUCAACAUAUGGAGGUACUUACUCAGCCACGCUCGUGACUAGAGGUGUUUUGUUUCUCCUCGUGUCGGGUUAAAUAUUAAUGAGUCAGAUUUCUGUUUUCAUGAAGCUAUUUACACCAAAGCUCUGCCGGUCUGUUUCAACCACAGGAGGAAGACUUUCAGAUGAUUUUUCUGGUAACUGUUGGUUUUAUCAGACAGAAAUGGUUUUUUAAAUGCAAAACAUCUAAAAUAAUCUGCUUGAUAAAUGGAAAAUGCUGAUGAUGGUUUAUACAUAGAGUGCAUUUGUUUUGUGCUUCAUAUGAAAUGUCUGGUUGUGUUCUGGAACCAUAAGAGCAGCUUAUGAAAAAAACAGCAUUCCUAACAGAGAAACGUGUGUAAACAUGUUGUUUGUUGUCUAAUAGAUUACUGAAACAGAUAAAAAAAACACAAAGUAUUAGAUAUUUAUUUUUUGGAAAUGUAAAAUGCUGUGUGCUAAUACUUUUAUGACAGGAAUGCAAAAAUAAAACAUUAUUUUUCAUCAAAA